CGACCCCAGUGACGGCCAUUCGUCGCAGGCGCAUCGUACAGCGGGCACCAUGCGCUUCCCUGUUUUCGCUCGAAUUCUUGGCGUCGUCACGCUCGCGUCUUCCCUGUCCGGUGUGGCAAGCGAGCCGGAUGGUCGCAUCAUUGGUGGCUUUGAGGCGUUCCCGGACGAUACGAGGCAUCAGGUUUCACUUCGGUUGAAGCACCUGGAGGAUCGGCAGUUCGGACGGGGGCACAUCUGCGGUGGCAGCCUGAUCGGUGCAAAGCUGGUCCUCACCGCUGCGCACUGCCUGAUGGACAGUCUGGGGCGCCCGCUCGGGCCACAGAACUACGUCAUCGUUGGUGGUGGUACCGAGCGGCUCACGCAAACUGCCGACACCUUCACCAGCCCGGUCCGUGAGCUGCUCGUGCACGAAGCGUACGAUGAUGAGCUGUCGCGCAAUGAUAUUGCUCUGGUAAAGCUGAGUAGCGCCGUACCGUCGGACCAUCCGACGCUGGUUGUGAUAGCGCUGUGGGAGGAGGCACCGGUGGUGGGCACCCGGUGCCAGGUGUCGGGCUGGGGUACCACGAUUGCGGGUGUACAGGAGUCAACCGAGCGGCUGAUGGCGGUCAAUGUAACGAUCGUGGCCAUGUCGAGCUGCAACAGCACGGACAGCUACGAUGGCGAGCUGGUACCGGGCAUGAUGUGUGCCGGUGAGCCGGGUGGUGGCAAGGACAGCUGUCAGGGUGAUUCGGGCGGACCGCUCGUCUGCGAGGGUCGGCUGGCUGGCGUUGUCUCGUUCGGGUACGAGUGCGGGCUGGAGAACUUCCCGGGUGUCUACAGUGACGUUGCGUACUACCGGGAAUGGAUCCGGGUGAACGGUGCCAGUGCGAUCGCCGCCAGUGUUUGGAGUGGGCUGCUCGCGACGCUGCUCGUUGCUUAUUAUGGUGCGCGAUAGCAGGUAGCAAGGCAGUUUUUUCCGCAGGAUCAUCAUUCAGCGCAAGGCUUGCUUGCGAGGUUCGCGUCGAAACGUGUGUGCAGGUAGCAGGCGAUUAGGCUAGAACUAAAGCUUGGAACAGCUUAAAUUUGACCGCAUAACACAGGACAGAGCUCAGGCCGGAAAUAAGCUAAACACAUGGAAAACGGUGUCAUUUUGUAGGUAUUUUAUCUAGCUAUCCAUAAAAAAAAUUGCGUUUAAA